AUGUCUACUCCAGAAGAUCCAGAACCGCUAUAUACUGUUAUAGUCAGGGUACCAUUCCCACGAGAUAACUUUGUGGAUCCUCCACCGGUUGCCUGGGAUGCAUCGAAGGAUAGGUCGCUGUGGAAGAUCCUUUCCAAGACACCCAAGAACAAUGAGAUGAAUUGGAACACAUUGGCAGAGAGUUAUGAUGUUUCUUUAUCGUUCCUACUACAGCAAGCAGCAUACCUCUACGACCGUCAAUUUUCCCAAGUUAGGGCCCAGCUUCGAAAGGUUGGAGCAUCAAAGAACACGGUUCAAUCGCCUAUUCUGGGUACAGAAAGCACUGGUGGUGAGGCCAUGGUAAGAACGGUAUCUGGUGGUAGCCAACAACAAACUCCAUCCUCUCUCUCGAUUCGGAGAGAUUCUCCCGCGCCAAAUGCAGACGGCAGUGUUCAACAACCCACCGGGCGCGCUGGUGCCCCCCAAAUAAGCCGCACAUCAUCCUCGAACACAGCAACCCAGAUCCAAAGUCGACACACCAUCAUCCCCUCCAGCCCCCAUACUGCGAAGGCCCAGCUUUAUGGCCGGUCCAUGUCGCCUUUGUCAAGGGCACGGAGGCCGUCCAAUACAAUCAACACCGCACACCCGCACAUUUCUUCACGCCCAACCCCGUUUUCGCCAACAUCUGUACUCGAGUCAAGUUCAGAAGAGUCCUCCUCCGACUCGGAUCUCCCAGUUCAGAGUCGAAUGCUACGUCGUCCACCCCGUCGCCUCCACCACUCUGAAGAUGGCGACGAUGACGAAGAUUCGCCUACAUUCCUCCCAUUUACCGCCACAACCAAGCCUCCUGCCGCCUAUAACCCAAGCGCAACCGCUGCACACGAAGAUACGAUUGGAGGUUCACAUCGCAAGAAAGCAUCCGAUGCCGUGCUUCGGUCACAUACAUCUGAUUCUUCAGCCAGCUCGACCGCGCAGAACCAUCCGCCUAGCCAUAGAGAUCCGAAGCAGGUCCGGGGCUUGGCUGGCGCAGGUCCAAUUCCCGGCCGCAGAACCGCGGAGCUAGCAGGGAGGAGUCCAGUAAGUAAAGGUAAGGAACAGGGGAUGGGGAGAGAGAGCGAUGGGACACCAAGUAUGGGUAGUAGUUUCAGCGACCUUGAUGAUGCCUCCGUGACCCAAUCCGCGCUCGAAGAGGCGUUGCUCAGUAAUAUGCAGCAUGGUGGCAUGGCAAGCAAGAUGAGCACUUUCAGUCAUGCAUUCCGCAGCAGUCACCAAAGCCUUAAGAAACCUGUUCAGUCAAACUCCUUGACCAACUCCUGCCCAUUCGCCUCUAAAUAUACUCGCGUCAACUUGCGCCGAGCUCCAGUUAUGGCGCAAAGUUCGAGCACACUCACCCGCCUUUCCGAAACCUUCGUUAUCAGCUGUGGUACAAUCACCCUGGAUCCAGUCGAGAAGAGGAUACUUCUUAUUCAAUGGAAGAAAAACGAGGAGAUUUUUCUCCCUAAAGGCCGUAAGAAUAUUGGAGAAAGUCUACUGGAAGCUGCAGUACGAGAGACCUAUGAAGAAACAGGCUUCCGAGUUACCAUACUUCCCCUGCGGAUCCCCACGCUUGCAACACCAAAAGCAACUGUCGAGCAAGUCAACGAGCUAAACACGGAGCCUAUUGCCUUUAGCCAGCGUCUCACAGACAACGACACACUAAAGCUUAUAUUUUGGUUUUCUGCACAGGGGGACUCUACCGCGGCGCCUGGUGUUGGAACCCAAGAGGAAGGAGAAGACUUUGACCCCAUCUGGGUAGAUCUAGACAGUGCGAUCGAGACUCUGACCUUUGCCGAUGACAAACGGGUCGUGAAGCGAUAUUAG